AUGCCUUCGUCCGUCUCUGACCUGUCAGAGGCCUCGACCACACCCGCGCCGCCGGACAACGAACUCGAGAAAAGUCUACGACGCGAGGUAAUGAAAGCGCAGAGAGAGGGAAUCGAGUUCUCGAACAACUACAUUCGCACAGCUUCGGAAGUGGAACUGGGCCUGACAAAAGGUUUCUACAAGAAUCACACCGAGUGGGCGCAGCGAAGUAGAGAUGUCAUACAGGACCAGCUGGCGAACCAGUCCGAGGUACAGAGCUCUCCCGUAAAGGCCAAGUCCAAAGAGCCCAAGAAGACCUCUGCGAAGCGCAAGUCCGUGGAGAAAGAGACCGCUCCCAAAAAGAGACACAAGGCUGUCGCCAAAAACGACGAGGAUGCUUCCUCCGACCUGUCUUCGUCUCUGAGCGAGCUCGACUCAGAAGUAGUGGAAGAGAAGCCGAAACCCAAACAACGCAGAGCCCCUCCGAAACAACACCCAACCAAGUCCAAGGGGCCCCACAGCAAGAGAGCAAAGGUGGUGGACUCUGACCCAGACGACGAGCAGGAGGAACAGGCAGACGGCACUGCCGCAGAAGAAUCCUCCAAUGAAGGAGAAACCACAGGCGCCAACGCCGAAGAUGGCUCGGACAGUGAGAUGUCAGUCCUCUUGGACGAAGCACCUCCUCCGAAGAAGAGCAGGAAGAGCAAAGACUCCGCCGGACAAAAGCCCAAGAAGCCUACCGGCAAAUCCUCCACCAAACCCAAAGCUGACGCCGAUGGGGACCCCGAGCAGGCCGAGAUCAAGCGUCUCCAAGGCUGGCUCGUCAAAUGCGGCAUCCGCAAGCUGUGGGGGAAAGAGCUGAAACCCUACGAAACAUCCAAAGCCAAGAUUAAGCAUCUGAAAGAGAUGCUUGCCGAUGUCGGCAUGACUGGACGGUACUCGCUAGACAAGGCGAGCCAGAUCAGAGAGGCCAGAGAGUUGGCCGCCGACAUCGAAGCCGUCCAAGAAGGAGCAGAACGCUGGGGUGCUGCCGCAGAUGAGGACGGGGGUCGCGGUGAGAAAGGGACGCAGAGCCCGCGGCCCGUCGCAAGGAGAUUGGUGCGAGGGGCGAAAAACUAUGAUUUUUUGAGUAGCGACGGUGAGGAGACAGAUUGA